CUCAACUCGACGUAGAAUCUACUUGAUAAGUUAAUAAAUAUAUGUAUAUGUGAACAAAACUGAACCAUUUAACAGUGAGUACCUACAUACUUGAAACCAGUAACAGCCGGACUAAGUAAAAGUUGAAAUGUCGUGUCCAAUACCAAAUAGAAAAAUUGGAAUUGUUGGCAGUGGUCUUAUUGGAAGGUCAUGGGCCAUGUUGUUUGCCUCUGUGGGAUACAAAGUACAUAUUUACGAUAUCUCAUCCGAGCAAAUUAAUUUAGCUCUUGAAGAUAUCCAGACACAAUUAAAUUCUUUGGAAAAAUCCGGUUUAUUACGGGGAAGACUUACUGCCGCCCAACAAUUUUCAUGCAUUAAAGGUACUUCAAACCUAGAAGAAGCAGUUAAAAAUGCAUUGUUGGUUCAAGAAUGCGUGCCCGAAAACUUGGAACUCAAAAGAAAAGUAUGGAAAGCAGUUGAUGGCGUUGCUGGUCCAAAUACUAUUUUCUCCAGUUCCACUUCAACAUUCUUACCAUCAACGUUAAGUGACCAUUUGACUCAUAAAGAAAAUAUUAUUAUAUCGCAUCCAGUGAACCCACCUUACUAUGUACCAUUGAUAGAAGUAGUACCAGCGCCAUGGACAAAUCCAGACGUAGGUAAAAAAGUUACAAAAAUCAUGGAGGAAAUUGGUCAAACCCCUGUUUUAUUUACAAGGGAAGUUCCUGGAUUUGGUAUCAACAGAAUCCAAUAUGCCCUUUUGAAUGAGACUUAUAAUCUUGUCAAUGACGGAAUUCUUAGCGUACAAGAUAUCGACAAGAUUAUGGCCUAUGGAUUAGGAAUGCGAUACGCUUUCCUUGGAACAUUAGAAACGACUCACCUCAACGCCGAAGGUUUUACCAAGUACUGUGAAGCCUAUUCUAAAACAAUAUUCGCAGUAAGCAGUGACUUCAAGCCCGUUCCGAAAUUUGAAGGACCUACAGUUGCGACAAUUGCUAAGCAACUGGAAGAACAAAUACCACUCGACAAAUUGCAAGCAAGAAGAGCAUGGAGAGAUAAAUGUUUGACAAAACUUAGUCAAUUGAAAAAAGAGAUGGAUGAAGAAUGGAAAGAACAAUGUCAAUAACUUAAUAGGUCUUGCGAAGUUAUCUCCAACUGUCGUGGAAGAUAAUGAUAUGUCCAUUG